GGGAGGUGCUCCUGGCUGUGUUGGGUGGAUGGUUGAUCUGUAAAUAUCAGGGUAAAUUGGUUGGUAAUGUUGUUCAGAUAUUCUACGUCCUUACUAAUUUUCUAUUACUCUUUUCUUCAAUAGGCUUUUCAAAGUAGUCAAAGAGGGCACCCAAUGAGCUUAUGCAGAGAAAGGGCAUAAUUUGCCCAAAAAGGUCACAUGUGUAGCACCUUGUGAUAGUCCGUCUAUGCUGUGGGCUUUCCCAGUGCAGUUCCUUAAGUGCUGGUAGAACUGCCCUCAGCACAGCUGGGGUUCUCCUCCCCUGAGGGCCCCUGCUAUUUUGGUGCCUUGCUCUUGGCCCCUCACUGCAUGUGGGGGUGCGGGGAUGCAGAGUCUGUGACUCCCGGGACCGGCACCGGUGAGGCAUCAUCACCUUUUCCCUCCCGGCAGCUGGACCCCUCCCUCCUGGCCUCCAAGAACCGGCAGGCGGCCAAGGAGAGGGAGUGUGAGGAGCUGUACGAGCUGCUGGAGCAGCUGAUUCAAGUCCACGAGGCCCUGCGGCAGGACCACGCAAGCCUGAAGGCGCUCCAUGACCAGCUGUCUGGGCAGUACCAGGCCCUCGUGGAGGAGCACAGCCGCCACAAGACCCUGCUGCGCCGUUCCCUGGAAAUGGCGAGCAAGGCGUUCAGGCGUAGGGAGCAGGACCAGCGCCAGCACGAGGAAUCCCUGCAGGAGCUGGGGAAGCUCCUGCACACCCAGAGGGAGGCUCUGAAACAGGAGCAGGAGGCGAACGCCCUGGCCGCCCAGGAGGAGGAGAGGCUGCGGCAGGAGCUGGACAGGUAA